AUGAACACAAAACCAGAAAAUAAUAAAGAUAAUAAUUAGAUUGAACAAAUAGAAAAAAAAGUGAAAAUCUAAAAGCCAAAGAAGGCAGAUUUUAGAAUGCAUGCUCAUGUAAAUCCAUUAAAUGAAACCUUAUUUCCUUAUCCUCUUAAUUAUAAUUAAGUUGAUUGGUCAUUGCACUAUCCUAAAAAGUUUGGAAAAGAUCCCUUAAAGUUAUAUCUCAAUACCUUAGAAUAUCCUAUUACAUAUGAUGACUAAGUAAAUCCUGAAUGCUCAUAAUCUAUUGUUGAUUUUCUUGAUAUGUAACUUUACUAUACAAUAAAUAAGUGGUUGCGGAUUUGGAGGUUUAUGCUUUGCCUUGGGUGACAAUUAUCCAGAUAAAUAUACUUUUGGUAUGGAAAUCAGAGGCAAAGUUGUUAAUUUUGUGGGGGAAAAAAUAAGAGCUUUGAGAAAUGAAGGUUAAGCUCAUAAUGUUUCAGUAAUUCGUACAAAUACGAUGAGACAUUUGCCUUAAUAUUUCAGAAAAAAUAGUUUAGAAAAAAUCUUUAUUUGUUUUCCUGAUCCACAUUUCAAAAAGAAAAAUUAUAGGAGAAGAAUUGUUAAUCCAGGAUUACUUAGUGAAUAUGCUUAUCUAUUGAAAUCUAAUGGAAGAAUCUAUUGUAUAACUGAUGUAGAGGAAUUACAUAAUUGGCACGUCUAACAUCUUGAAAAACAUAAGAUGGUAUUUAUGAAAGAAUUAUAGUAAGUUUAAACGUGUUUAAGAUGUUGAAUAAGAUUCUACUGCAAAACUCAUUUGGAAUUCUACUGAAGAAGGAUAGAAAGUAGAAAGAAAUAAAGGUUCAAAAUUUAUUAUUGUUUGUGAAAAAGUGUGAC